AUGUCUACUUGUCCGACCAUGAAUUACGGAGUUUUGCAUCGUUCGCAACUGGGAAAGCUUCCCAUAGAAGUUUCUGUCUUGUGGCAGUUGGUGCAUGAGCGGGUCGUCUUUGGAGAAGAGGGUGUCGGCGGCUCUGAUGUGGAAGACCUUGAAGACAUAAUGAUGUUUCUGCAAGCGCGAACUUCGAUGACUUCGCAACGUGAAUAG